AUGGUUGGUUUUUCCUCUAUUCCCCUCGAUGCCACAUUUCUCUGCCGUGUCACUACUAAUUCGGCUUUUCACUCCACUCAGGGUGCAGCACUUGUCGCCGGCGCAAGUUGUGAAUGGGGAGUUCCAGUAAAGCGCGAUCGCAGUGUACAAAUUCGCCAUCUUCAGCCUGCUCCAGUGCUCCCAGAUCAAACGGGUUGGCCGGCCUUGGAGGGUAUUGAUCUCGCGGUGGGGAUCUCACCUGAUACACUCCUUGAUGGCAUGUCUCCGGUAUCCUGGCCUGGAGAUCCAGUUCCCCUCGAGCUUCCGCGGAUGCCUCCGUUCUAUCCGUCUAGCGCGCCCGUCCGAAUUCACACUCCCCUAUAUCCACCAUUGGGAGGCAAUAAUGAGAUUGCGUGUGCCAAUUCUCUCACCCUCACCGAUCCUGAUCAAAAAUACUUCCAAUACUUUCCUUCUUCUUCUAUCGUUUAUUAUUAUAUGAAAGGAUGGCACUGGAGCAGCUUUUCUUACCUGUACCAAGGCCCAGCGGCUACAAACAAAGUCAUCAUGCGAAUGAUACUAGCCCUGUCUGCCAGCGACAUGCAUCGCCAUGGGCUGGUGGUCAGAUCACCUGGUCGACCGACCGCUGAAGAUCACGGCAGAUACCACUAUAGCCUCGCUGUCAAAGAGUUUCGGCAGCUUUUGGAGACACCCCGACGAGAGGUCUCCGUGGAUGAAUUGGAAAUUAUAUUUGCUACCAUGUUCCUCAUGGUCACCUAUGAAUGGCAAUUUGGCCAUUCUGUCCGCCACUUACAGCUCCAUCUACAUGGUGUGCGUUCACUUCUUGAAUCUCACCCACAAUUGUUCCGCAUUAAGGACAUCAAUGAGGUAUUCCUAACAGAGGAAGACGACGACUCAUCCCCGGAGGACAUGGUCGCUUCAAAGGUUUCAUUUAUACCAGAGCAGUUUUUGCUAUGGAUGCUGUACAUUGAUGCCAGUUGCGGACCCAUGGGUCUCUCUGAAUCUUUGUUUGAUUAUGUUCUUCAGUCAAAAAACCCCGCGUUGAAUCCAGACCAUCUACAUAAAUGCGCUCGCCUCUGGGGUAGAUGCUUCUGGGGCAAUCAAUAUCCCGACCAAGAGGUACUAGAUGACAUUGAAAACUAUCGAGCUUUGGAAUUGCUACAUGCUGGCUUUAGCUUUCGCUAUCGUAUUUGGCGAACCCUAGUUGGAUCUGGUGCUGAAUCUGACACCGCCGAAUCACUCUAUCGGGAUAUUGUUUCCACGCGUGAUAAAUUCACCGAUCUUUUUAUCACCGCAAAAUUUGCCGGGGCAGUCUCCGCUCGACGAACUCUGAACACCAUCUACAUGGGCGUAUGUACGCUCUACUCGCAAAUUCUGCUACAUCGACGAUUACUCUGCCCAGAUGAUCCACCGGCGUCUAUUCAUCGCCAAGCCACUGCUGGAAUUAUAGACAUUACUCGCAAGCAGUUCACAGCCGAUCCUCGAUUGCUAUGGCGUCUACAUUGGCCUCUUUUGAUGGCACUCAUUGAAACAGAUAGUACGGAAAAUCGUGUAUGGCUUCGACAACGAUUGUUUGAACUACGUGACUUUCAUUCAGAAUACGCGUGGGCUAACGAGAUGGCCAACCAAAUCAUGGCUCAGCAGGAUUUGAGCGAGGGGGGCUACGUUAAUUUUGCCGAGCUUCUGCUCCAGCGAUUUCAUGUGUCAUGA